AUGGAUGCGCAGCACUGCAAAAUGAAUGGCGACCCUUUCCAGGAAUCCAUGUACAUUGAAGAGUCCUCAAACAAAAGUGGUGUGAUUUCUUUGAUUUUCUCUCUGAAAGAAGAAGUUGGGGCAUUGGCUAAAGUUCUGCGCACAUUUGAGGAAAAAGGUAUAAACCUGACCCACAUUGAGUCCCGACCUUCCCGUCUCAACAAAGAUGAGUAUGAGUUCUUCAUUAACUUGGAAGGCAAGAAUGUCCCAGCGCUGGACAAGAUCAUCAAGUCCUUGAGAAAUGAUAUCGGAGCAACAGUCCAUGAGCUUUCACGAACAAAGAAGAAGGACACUGUGCCGUGGUUCCCAAGAAGUAUCCAGGAGCUGGACAGGUUUGCCAAUCAGAUCCUAAGCUAUGGAGCAGAACUGGAUGCUGAUCAUCCUGGGUUCAAAGAUCCUGUGUACCGGGCCCGGAGGAAAGAGUUUGCGGAUAUCGCCUACAACUACAGACAUGGCCAACCUAUUCCUCGAGUCACCUACACGGAAGAAGAAAAGAAAACAUGGGGCACUGUCUUCAGGGAGCUGAAGAGUCUCUAUCCAACUCACGCUUGUUAUGAACACAACCACGUGUUCCCACUGCUGGAGAAGUAUUGUGGCUACCGGGAGGACAACAUUCCCCAGCUUGAAGAUAUCUCAAAAUUCUUGCAGACCUGCACUGGCUUUCGCCUGCGUCCCGUUGCAGGCUUGCUCUCCUCUCGGGAUUUCUUGGCUGGGCUGGCGUUCCGAGUAUUCCACUCUACGCAGUAUAUUCGCCAUGCAUCCAAACCCAUGUACACACCAGAGCCUGAUAUUUGCCAUGAGCUGCUAGGACAUGUGCCUCUUUUUGCUGAUCCCAGUUUUGCUCAGUUUUCCCAGGAAAUUGGACUGGCAUCUCUGGGAGCUCCGGAUGAUUUCAUCGAGAAACUCGCUACGGUUUAUUGGUUUACGGUGGAGUUUGGACUAUGUAAGGAAGGCGAUUCACUCAAGGCAUACGGUGCAGGGCUGCUGUCUUCAUUCGGGGAACUGCAGUAUUGUUUAUCAAGUGAGCCUGAGAUUCAGCCUCUUGUCUUGGAGAAGACUGCUGUGCAGAAGUACCCUGUUACUGAGUUCCAGCCUGUCUACUAUGUUGCUGAAAGUUUUAAAGAUGCAAAAGAAAAGCUAAGGAAAUUUGCUCAAACGAUCCCUCGUCCUUUCUCUGUUCGGUACAAUCCCUACACCCAGAGGAUUGAAGUCUUGGACAAUGCAAAGCAGCUGAAGAACUUAGCCGACACUAUCAAUAGUGAGAUGGGGAUCCUUUGCAAUGCCCUCCAGAAGAUAAAAUGAAGAUUUUCUGUAACUUGCUAAUCACUGGCUACUGACUAGAAGCUGCCAUGUGCAAAUGCCAGUCUUCAUCUAGCCUCAGUCUAUUAUCUUCCCGCAUACUGCAUGAAUGCUUAUGUAAUAUAUCUUAAUUACUAUAAAUUAGCAGAGAAAUAGACAUCUUCAGGUGACCCUUGACUCUUUUGGCCUUCCAACACUAAUCCAUUUUUUUUCACUAACGCAUGGAAAUAACCU